CAAGAGUCGGCGCCCCUGUCUUCGCCGACCAAUCAUCACAUCCCUUUCAUCAAGCCCUCCUCCACUAUUACCCCCACCCCCCACCAAACCAACCUCUCUCUCUCUCUCUUUCCAUCUAUAUAUACACCCGACUCGCAUCUCUCUCCACCCUCUUCCAUUUUUUCUUCUUCCCUCUUCCUAUCGGUCUCUUCCGUGAAAAUUUUUUUAACCCACCGGAAGAUGUCCGACUCUUAGCAUAGCUUAGGGUUUUUCUUUGAUCUAGCUUUUCUUUUAUUUUUUUCUUCUUUUAGGGUUUAGUUUCUUGUUCUUUUCCCGAUUGAUUUGUUGUUCAGACUUCUGGUUUGUUGUUAUUAUUUUUUGAAGAUUAACGACUGAAUUAUGAGGGGGGUGGUCGUUGCGCAGUCUCAUGUUGAGAGGACCGAGGAUGUUGACAAGGAUAAGAAAAAGAAGCGUCGAUCCAAUCGACGAUCUAAACAGAACUCUUUUGUUUCAGCAGUUUCUAGUUCGGUGAAUGAGUUACAUGAAGAAAAAUCAGAAAUAUUUAGGUUUGCUGGUACAUCAAAUGAGCAGGCUCUUCCCAGAGCAUCCAAUGUUGCUUUUAAUUCUUUGCCAACGAUGCAUAUAAUUGAACACGGAGCAUCACAUGAAGAUAGAAGUGUGCACGAGCAGCAACUCGUUGCAUCUGGUGCAAAAAUGUUUUCAAGAUCAUUUCCUGACACGAUUACUGGUGAGGAGUCAACAGAGUCAUGUGCAACUAAGUAUUUUCUUCUGUAUCAUCAGAGAAAAUAUUUUACUCCUCACUGGUCCCCUUCGGCCAUUAAUGAAGCAUUGGAGAAAGGUUAUCUCUUUAAAGCAUUAUUUCGUGUGAAUGCUCACAACAGACUUGAGGCCUAUUGUAAAAUCGAUGGAGUGCACACUGAUGUUCUUAUCAAUGGAGUUGCUGCUCAGAAUAGAGCUAUUGAAGGAGACAUUGUUGUAAUUAAAGUUGAUCCUUUAUCAUCAUGGGCUAAGAUGAAAGGUUCUGCUGGGAAUAUCAAUAGUUCUGCUGGGAAUAUCAAUAGUUCUGCUGCAUUGGAUGAUUAUAAUUCCAGCUCUGAAGUCAGUGAGACGGUUGUUGGUGAUGGCUGCAAAGGAAAAAUUAAGCCAGAUACACUUUAUGAGUGUGUGGAUGAUAGAAAUGACUCACUUUCUUCAGACGGGGGGAUUUUUUAUGAGGGUGGCAGUUCCUUUGUUGCAACUGUUGGUUCAGAAGUUGUUGGAUGUUUCGCCUCUGGGUUUGAUAAUUGUUGUAGCCCUGCUGGCAGAUAUUCUCUUGAGUUGGAUCCUCCACAAGCGGGCUGUUCCAGUGAACAUAAUAGUGUUGCAAGCCCUGUGGAGAAGUUGUGUGCAAUGUUGAGUACAUUCCCAUCAAAAAGACCAACUGGUAGAGUUGUGACCAUCAUUCAAAUGUCUCCUCGCCGGGAGGCUGUUGUUGGAUUUCUUAAUGUUAAGCAGUACCUUUCUAGUAGGGAAGUUUGCAAAAAGGAAAAUAAGAAGAAAAAGAAUUUAUGUGCCAACCAGGAGUACAUCAUGUUGACAUCAACUGACCCUAGGUUACCCAAAAUGAUGGUACUUGUUACAGACCUGCCUGACUUCAUCAGGAAAAGAUUGGAGGAGGGAGACAUGACACUUGAAAUGGAACUUGUGGCUGCACGAAUUGAUCAUUGGGAAGAAGAAAAUUAUGUCCCGCAGGCUCGAGUCAUGCAUAUUUUUGGGAGGGGUGGAGAGAUUGAACCACGGAUAGCUGCAAUUUUAUUUGAAAAUGCAAUAUUUUCUUCUGAGUUUUCUUGUGAAUCACUAUCUUGCCUUCCUUGUUUACCCUGGGAGGUUCCUGUGCAAGAACUUAAGAGCAGAAGAGAUUUAAGAAAUUUGUGCAUAUUUACUAUUGACCCAUCCACUGCAACUGAUCUCGAUGAUGCACUAUCAGUUGAAAGGCUAUCUAAUGGCAUUUUCAGAGUUGGUGUCCACAUUGCUGAUGUAUCAUAUUUUGUUCUACCAGAUACAGAGUUAGACAGAGAAGCUCAAAUUCGGUCUACAAGUGUCUAUCUGUUAAGGAGCAAAAUACCAAUGUUACCCUCAUUGCUAUCUGAGAAUCUAGGCUCACUUAAUCCAGGAGUAGACAGACUUGCCUUCUCAAUUUUCUGGGACAUCAAUCUUGCUGGAGAGGUUCUUGAUCGGUGGAUUGGACGUACUGUUAUAAGAUCUUGUUGCAAACUCUCCUAUGAAAAUGCUCAGGACAUCAUUGAUGGCCUUUUUGAUGUGGGAAGUUCCACGACCUCAGGUGAUGGUUGCCCUCAGUUGCAUGGUGACUUUGGAUGGUCUGAUAUUGUUGUAUCUGUUCAAAUCCUUAAUGGAAUUUCCAAAAUUUUAAAGGAGAAGAGGUUUAAUGAAGGUGCCUUGCGUCUGGAAAGCUCAAAAUUGGUUUUAUUGCUUGAUGAAUACGGAACUCCAUAUGACAGUAUGCUUUCUGAAAGAAAGGAUGCAAAUUUCCUUGUUGAGGAGUUUAUGCUUUUGGCUAACAGGACAGCUGCAGAAGUUACAUCUAGAGCUUAUCCUGAUAAUGCAUUGUUGCGGAGGCAUCCUGAACCUAACUUGCGGAAGCUCAGAGAAUUUGAAGCUUUUUGUAGCAAACAUGGUCUAAAGUUGGACACUUCUUCUUCAGGACAGCUUCAUCAAUCAUUGGAGCAGAUCGGAGAAAUGCUGAAAAAUGAUACUGAGUUGUUUAAUAUUCUUGUAUCAUUUGCUUCCAAACCAAUGCAGUUGGCAACAUACUUCUGCAGCAGCAAUCUGAAAGGCAGUGAAAAUGAUUGGCGACACUAUGCUUUGGCUGUUCCUGUUUACACUCAUUUUACUUCACCAUUACGUAGGUAUGCAGAUAUUGUAGUACAUCGGAAGUUGGCUGCUACACUUGACGCUGAAGAGAUGUAUUUGAAGCGCAAACAUACAUCACAGAAACUGAACAGUGUGAAGGAAUUGACAACACAAUGCUUCACUGGUAUUUGUUUCGACAAAGAUGCUGCAGAAUCAAUUGAAGGUAGGGAAGCAUUAUCUGUUGCAGCAUCAAAACACACUCCAUGCACUGAGGUACUGGCAGAUGUUGCUGCUUAUUCCAAUGAGAGGAAGCUGGCCAGUAGAAAUGUCAAGGAUGCGAGUGAUAGACUCUACAUGUGGUUUCUUCUCAAGAAAAAGGAGAUUUUCUUGACUGAAGCAAGAGUGCUGGGUCUGGGGCCGAGAUUCAUGUCAAUAUAUGUUCAGAAGUUUGCUAUUGAGAGGCGAAUAUAUUAUGAUGAAAUUGAAGACCUGAAGGUGGAAUGGCUUGAUAUUACAUCGACAUUGGUGCUCAAUUUAUCCACACAGAAACGCUUCCAGAGGAGAGGUAGCCCAGGUAAAAGCAGCAGGGCAAUCGAAGAGGUGGCAUUAGUCACAAGUCCUCUUGAGUUGGCAUUGGGUUUCCCUGACGGUUGUGCAGAAGGGCGUGCUGAAGUAGUAGUAGGGGCGACCAGUGGUGUAGCAUCAGUAGAUUCAAAAGCUACCGUUUCAGAUGGGGGUGAAAUUGAGCCUGCUGUGUUCCCAUUGACGGUGCGCCUACUCUCAAAAGUACCCGUUGCCCUUCAUGCAAUUGGUGGGGAUGAUGGUGCGCUUGAUAUAGGGGCAAGACUUUAUGUGAGCUCUUAUCUCAUGAUGAUGAGGUAGGUAAUUUGGAGCUUGGGAGGGAGGAGAAUGCAGAAAAUGAAACUGGGGUUAUCUUUGGGGAAAAAAGAAAAAGAAAAAAGAAGCAAGCUUGCUGUAGAUAAAGGCGUAGUAGUAGUAAUAGUAGCAGUGUACAGUUGAAGAAGGUAUAAUUAAUUAGCUUUUAGCGGCUGGUUUUAUUGAAAGCUGCUGCUGCUGCUGCUUUUGUGGGAAUAGGCCCUUUGUUUUUUAUGAUGGCCAUUAUUUCCUUUCCAAUGUAACUUAGCAAUGCAAUGCAAAUGGGUGUGUGUGUGUGUGUGUGUGAGAGAGAGAGAGAGAGAGAGAGAGAGAGAGAGAGAGAGAGUAAUUGAUGUAUCAUCAUUAUAUGAAGUGUUUUUUCUUAUCUGGACGACAUCCCAACCCAAUUAUGUUGUUAGCUAAUCGACUUUAUAUGCUACUGUUGUAGUAAUCUUCUUAAGCUGAAUAACGAACAUGGUUUUGGUUUUUGUUUUCGGGGCAAAAAGCCUGUGAA